GGCAAUCAUUCCUAGCAUUCUACAGGGAUGCUAGUUUCCAUUCACCCCGUGUUAUGUCCUCAUGCACGUCUUCGUUUCCUUCCAGUCCCCCACCGUUUCCCCAAGGAACCGACGUUGAUAUUUUCUUCCCCUUUUUUCCCGCAUCUUCUUCCCUUUUUCAGCUUGGCAAGCACAAGAUAUGGCACCUUCGGGUAUCAGCAUUCCCACCAAUGGCUCGGGUGCUCCUGCCGAGGAGCCAGUUUGGAACGGAGGUGGACGGUCACCAGUAAGGGACCGCGGGGAGCCUCCUCGUCGCUCCAGCAGGAGCAUGAGCCCGGGGCGGGACGAUAGAGGAAGUCGCGGCGAGGGGGGCCAUAACCCCGGCAACAACCUUCAUGUCUCUGGUUUGAGUCACCGGGUCGAUACUCGCGAUUUGGAGCAGGCUUUUGUCAAGAUUGGCCGUGUGAAGAAGGCGUCAGUCAUGUACGAUCCCCAUACUCGCGAAUCCCGGGGAUUCGGGUUCGUCACUAUGGAGACAGCCGAAGAGGCGGAUGCUGCCAUUACUGCUUUGAACGCGACAGAGUUGAUGGGCAAAGUCAUGACAGUUGAAAAGGCUCGCCGUGGACGUGCUCGUACUCCUACGCCGGGGCGCUAUUAUGGACCACCCAAGCGCUACACACACGAGCGUCCAUACGAUCCUCGUCCUUACGAUAGUCGCUAUUCUCGUGACCCUACUCACGAUGAGCGCCGCCGUGGAGGUCGUUACGACGACUACAGAGGCGCCCGCGACCAUGACCGAGGACACCGUGAGUAUGAUCGAGGGUACCGUGACUAUGAUCGGGGAUACCGUGACUAUGAGCGUGGUGGCCGCUACGAUGACAGGAGGUACUGAUCUAUCACGAUGCGUCCUCGUAUGAAUGGUAAAUCAAAGAGAACUUUUUGUUGACAAUUUCGUGUAUGUAUUUCUUGCCUCUGAGUUAUUUGAAGACACUACGUGCGUUUUUUAUUUACUUUGAACUGUUGCCAAUGCCGUGCUGGGUGAUGUAUGAUUCCCGCCCCCUCUUUCGCAUAAGUUCCAAUACCUCUGAAAUUCUCUGCACCUCCACCCAUCCAUCCCCCACGCUAGCGGCCUGCCCUGAUUCCGGCUCCACUUGCUCAAUGAAUCUAACCCUGAGUGCUAGCCAAUUCAUUCCUUUCACGUUCCUUACGAACUCUUCAACGUUCUC